UUGAUUGGGGUCUCUUCAAUUUAUAUCGAUUUGUCGGUUGCUUAGUGUGUUGUUAGAGAUCAAUAUAGUUUAAAAUGAUGGUCGGCACGCGCGGCUAUCAUAUUCAAAUGAGUUUACGAUGUAGAAGGGCGCUGAAUUUACAUAUUACGAUAACCGACAUGCCUGUCUUGAGUCCUUCAUAAAUAAUGUCCUUUGAAUUGUAGAGCGGAAUUUUGCAUUAGCGAUUUGAACAACGAGGUUUUGUGUGCAAUAUGAGUCAGAAUCAGCCUAAUGUGAGGAAAGAGGAGAGGAAGAAGGAUGCAGCACAAAAACCUGCCCAGAAAAAGAGCCCGGAAAAGAAUAUGUCUGAAAUUGAUGAGCAUAUACUGAAGAGGUUCGACAUAAAGAAGCGUCUAGGUAAAGGCGCGUAUGGCAUCGUGUGGAAGGCUGUUGACAAGAAGACUAAGGACGUGGUCGCUAUCAAGAAGAUCUUCGAUGCGUUCAGGAACCAGACGGACGCGCAACGCACCUUCCGGGAGAUCAUCUUCCUACAGUCGUUCAGGAAUCAUCCCAACAUCGUUAAGCUGCAUAGUAUUCACAGGGCUCUAAAUAACCGGGAUAUCUACCUUGGCUUCGAGUACAUGGAGACGGACCUGCACAACGUGAUCAAGCGCGGCAACAUCCUCAAGGACAUCCACAAGCGGUACAUCAUGUACCAGAUGCUGAAGGCCACCAAGUACAUACACUCCGGGAACGUCAUACACAGGGACCAGAAGCCCAGCAACGUGCUUAUUGACAGCGCUUGCAGGGUGAAGCUAGCAGACUUCGGUCUGGCGCGGUCGGUGUCGAGCAUGUACUCGGGCGGCGAGGAGGGCGCGGACCCCUGUCUCACGGACUACGUAGCCACACGCUGGUACCGCGCGCCGGAGAUACUCAUCGCUAGCAAGAACUACACAAAGGGCAUAGACAUGUGGUCGCUGGGCUGCAUCCUGGGCGAGAUGCUGACUGGCAAGCCUCUGUUCCCGGGCACCUCCACCGUCAACCAGGUGGAGCGUAUCAUGGCCGCGCUGCCCAAACCCUCCUCUGAAGACAUAACAGCAGUGUGCUCCGGCUAUGGCUCGUCGCUCAUCCGCGAGCAAGUGUCGGGCGGGGCUGCGGGCGGAGCGCCGCUAACGUCCCUGCUGUCGUGCGCCCCGCGGGACGCCGCCGACCUGGUGCAGCGCCUGCUGCUGUUCAACCCCGCCAAGCGGCUCAGCGCUGAAAGAGCGCUUGACCACGAAUAUGUUGCCAAGUUCCAUUGCGAGCGAGACGAGCCGACGCUCCCAUCAGAUGUAUUACUUCCCCUUCGCGAUGACAAGCAGAUGUCAGUGGACGACUACAGGAACAAGCUCUAUAGCAUCAUGGCCAAGACCUCGCACGGACACCAGCCGCAGACAAGGAAGAACCAUACCAGUACGAAGCCUCACCCAAUGCAAGCUCCAACAAAGAGCAGCAAGAGCUACCACGAGCCAGAACCGACCCGAAUUUAUUCCAAGAGCAAGAUCAGUGUCUCCGCAGACCAGAAGUCUCGGCAGAAACCCGCGCAGACCAAGUCCACCGAACGGCAUAUCAAGGAGUACCGCUCAGAACAAACUGGCCAGAAGCCUUUACGAGCCAUGGAGUACGAACGCCACGACUGGCUUGAGACUAACUGCCGAGGGGAUUACUUCCAACCAGUCACCAGACAAUCGCCGUCUAGAAGCGGAUUCAUGAGUGGGGACAAGAAGACGGUUCAGCAACGAAGGAGUUCCACCUCCUUCUCGACAAUAACUCUAGGAGGUGACGCCGAUUACAUAAGGUGUGUAAGGCCAAGUCAGAAGUACGGAGUGAUCACAGCCAGUGCCUUCAUGGACCUACGGACCAGCAUGAGAUGAGUUCAGGUAGGUAGCGCGUAGAAUCUCA